AUGUCACUGAAAUACGUGCCACAAAGCAGCAUCGCUCCACCUGCUUCCAGGUCCUUGCGGGUCCCCCCGGAGUGGGCGUUGGUGGCUGGAGGUGGCCAAAGAGGUGUCUCUGGUGGCCCUGCUGGUGGGUUUCACCCCAAAAUCCAGGUGGGGAAGGUGUCCUGCGCAGUUGGGCUGUCCCUUGUCGCCAGCCUGGUGGCCAAGGAGGGAAAAGGUUUGUUCGCCACCAGGAAGAUCCGCAGAGGGGAGACAGUCUUCGUGGAGCGGCCGGUGGUGUCGUCCCAGUUCCUCUGGAACGCCCUGUACCACUACCGAGCCUGUGAUCACUGCCUGAGGGCCCUGGAGACGGCGGAGGAGAACGCCCAGCGGCUGCUGGGGAAGAGCUCCCUGGUGCUGCCUCACCCUGAGCAGUGCAGCAUCCGGAAAGACCUGCACCAGCAGUGUCCCCGCUGCCAGGUGACCUACUGCAGUGCUGAAUGCAGGCAGGCUGCUUUGGAGCAGUACCACCAGGUCCUCUGCCUUGGCCCCUCGCGUGAUGACCCCACACACCCCCUCAACAAGCUGCAGGAGGCAUGGAGAAACAUGCAUUAUCCACCAGAGACUUCCAGUGUCAUGUUGAUGGCCCGGAUGGUUGCCACUGUGAAACAGGCUAAGGACAAGGAGUGGUGGAUCAAGGCCUUCUCCCAGUUCUGCAGUAAGACAGCAAAUGAAGAAGAGGAGAUCGUGCACAAGCUUCUGGGGGACAAAUUCAAGGGCCAGCUGGAGCUGCUGCGCUUGCUCUUCACCGAAGCCCUUUAUGAUGAAUAUCUCAGCAGGUGGUUCACUCCAGAAGGCUUUCGAUCCCUCUUUGCCCUCGUUGGGACCAAUGGCCAAGGCAUAGGAACAAGCUCGCUCAGCCAGUGGGUUCACGCCUGCGACGCGCUGGAUCUGCCGCUGCUGCAGCGGGAGGAGCUGGACGCCUUCAUCGACCAGCUCUACAAGGACAUCGAGAAGGAGUCAGGAGAGUUCCUCAACUGCGAGGGAUCAGGUCUCUACGUGCUCCAGAGCUGCUGUAACCACAGCUGCAUCCCCAAUGCUGAGACAUCUUUCCCAGAAAACAACUUUCUUCUGCAUCUAACGGCUCUGGAGGACAUCGAAGCAGGAGAGGAAAUCUGCAUCAGCUACUUGGACUGCUGUCAGAGGGAGCGGAGCAGACACAGCCGCAAUAAGAUACUCAGGGAGAACUACUUGUUUACCUGCUCGUGUCCCAAGUGCCUAGCUCAAGCCGACGACGCCGACGUGACGUCGGACGAGGAGGAGGAGGGUGAAGGAGAGACAGACGAUGCUGAGCUGGAGGAUGAGAUGACUGAUGUUUGAUCCUGAGCCCAGGCGAGAGGAAAGGGAAGGGACAGAGGGGGUCCUCUGAGAGGCAGCAGCUUUAAUACUAGAACAGGGUUGUGUUGUGGGGUCGGGUGGGAGGCCACGUGCCGAGGUGUGGCAGCAUGGGAGCUGCAGGCAGGCCCUGCUCCCCCCUGUCCUUGUGUGUGUGUGUGUGUGUGUGUGAGACUGUCCGUGU